AGCAGCACUGCUCCUCACUUACUUCAGUGUUGUUGCAGCGGUGCAGAGCUUCACAUCUCGUCCUCGGCCUAUUUGAUUCUGGUGUGGUGAUGGGUUUCGCAGACCCCAACACUCCCAAGCCUCUGGGUGAGAUGAGUCAAGGCGAGGCUGACCUGGGAAAAGGCCGCCGCAACAAGAUGUUCACCUCUUACAAGAGUUUGAGGCUUGAGAAAGAGCGGCGGGACACAUUCAUUGACUGGCCCGUGAAAUGGUUGAAACCGGAGGACCUGGCUCGUGACGGAUUCAUUUAUCUGCGGGAGGCAGAUCACUGCGCCUGCGUGUUUUGCCGGGGCAUCGUGGGGGCGUGGGAGAAAGGAGACAUCCCUCGGAAGGAGCACCAGCGUCACUUCCCACAGUGCCCAUUCGUCAAUGGGAAGCCGGUUGGCAACAUUCCCUACGCCCAGGGCAUGAUCAUAAUAUCACACUUCACCCCGAGCCCUGAGGCUACCCCUCAGGGCGUGGACGUGUGUGGCCUAGGGAGGCCCAUGCAAGACUCAUACCCUGAAGGCACACCCCCCGGGAAGCUAGAUCUUGACUUCAAGAACAUGGAUCUUUCGCAGCACACAGGCCCCAAGAGAAAGGAUUUCCUUUCUCGAGAAAGGCGCGAGAAGAGCUUCGUUCGGUGGCCAGACCAGGUGAAGCAGACCCCGAAGGACUUAGCUGAGGCUGGUUUCUUUUACUGUGGGCUGAGUGACCACGUACUGUGCUACCACUGCGGCAAUGGAAUACGAAACUGGGAGAAGGAGGAUGACCCAUGGGAGGAGCAUGCUCGGUGGUACCCAGAGUGUAACUAUGUACUCGUCAAGAAGGGGCAGGAGUUUCUUGAUAAGGUGAGGCGAGAGAAGUCACCACACCUGCGAUCCCAAACAACCCCCAAGACCAGUUCAUCAUCCUUAGCCCGGCCAAGCGUCACCGAGAGUGAAUUUGACUCCCUCAUGGAGCUAGAUAUCAUGAAGGCCACAACAGAAAUGGGCUUUCCAGCUGACAAAGUUCGACCAGCUCUACGGAGGAGGCUAGAGCAGACAGGCCUGCCCUUCUUCAACCUGGAUGCUUGCAUCGAGGCCGUCCAGCAGUACAUGGAAGAGGAAACUCGCCUGGCCCUCUCGGAGUCAUCGGCUACAUCCAACAACUCCCCUCGUGCUGUGAUGGAGAAGGAGGCCGAGAAGGCACUUCCCUCUACCGAGCCUUUAAUCAAUGGGAGGCCACAGCCGUUCCAAGACCCUGCUGUAAAACUAGAGGAGUUCAGAGACUCCCACCUUUGCAAGGUGUGCAUGGAAGCUGAGACAAACAUGGUGUUUCUGCCGUGUACCCACAUGGUAACCUGCUCAUCUUGUGCCCUAACCCUUGCCCAGUGUCCCAUCUGUUGCAAGGAAAUCAAGCACGCCAUCAAGGCUACCUUCUCCUGAGUGCCCUCAAAGAUCUUCUUUUAGUUUUAUUGUUUGUGGAUGCGUAAUGCGGGGAAAACCAGAGCAAUCGAUCCUCUUAAAUAAUUAAGGUAUUAACUGUGAAUUAUGUGAUGGUGCGGCGCAGGGCAGACAUUCAGACAGACAGACGAACCAGUGACGGGUCAACAUCGCGUGGGUCUGACUCAUCGUGAAGGUGCCGAUGAUGGCGAUUAGGUUUUUCUUUCACGGGGAACGACGAGGAGGAAUUUUUCACCUUAGUCACGUGGGAGAGAGGAACAGCUGCCUCUGAACUCCUGAGUUAGCGGAACAGGCCAAGUAUCUGUAACUACAACCACCGGUGGUAUGCUAGUUCAGCCGGCAGCCACGCCAAAGGGGGAAGGAGGAGGCGAGUAGGGAAGGCGUUGAGAGCCGCCUAUCAGUCGAGCUCUCGCCUCUCCUUACGCAGGUACGUGUGAAAUUAACUCCUACGGACAGUGAUUAUUUAGUGUGUUACAAUGUUAUUAUUAUACCUAUAACGGUCAAACUCAGACGAGCUCUGGCCUCUCCCUACGCAGGUCCCCUACUGACUGGGCGGUUACCCCCUUGUUGUGUAGUAAAAUAUGUAAAGUUUCCCUUUCUUGUGCCGAUCUAUGAUCACCCUCUGGUAUCUUAGACCCGCACGAAUGUCUCACGCCAUGAUUAACUCAGUAAUAGAAAAGGAGAAAUUUUUAGUGUCAUUUGUAUAGUCCAAUGUUUGUGUGGAUUCAUGACCACCUUCUUGGUGUCCUGAACCCCCACGACUACCUUGCUUCCAUGAUCAUUCAUCCCUGUGAAUACAUAUCAGUGGAAGGAAAAAAAAUUUCUGUGAUAAUUAUGUAUCAUUGGACCGUGAUUAGGGUAGCUUGUUAUUUAGCAACGGUAAGGUGUUUAAGCUAUGGCCAGUGUACCAUAUCUACUAUAUAGUUGUAAAUGUCUGAAGAGAUGAGUGAGCCCUUUAAGGUGAAGAGGAGUGAUGAAUGAUAAUUAUUAAUUAGGAUUGUUACAUAACUCCAGUAAGCUCGCUGCCAUUACCAACAGAAUGAUGAAUUGUAAAUAAUAUUGUUACAUAACUCCAGUAAGCUCGCUACCAUUACCAACAGAAUGAUGAAUUGUAAAUAAUAUUGUUGCUUAACUUCAAUAAGCUCGCUACCAUUAUAUACCAACAUAGUGUGAAUAAACCUCAUAAUUUAA